AUGACAAAUAUGUUUAUACUCAGAUAUGACGACGCAAAGAUUUCAGGACAGGCCAUGACGUCACAAAUGUCGAGCAUCAACUAUGACGUCACAUUUACGCCGCAGACACACACGGAGAAUGAAUUACCGACGCCGCAGAACCCUCCAUCAAAAGUCUUAUUAACCGGAACUGAAAGCUAUGGCAUUAUACAUUUCUAUGAAUUUCAGGUAGCGCUCCUUUACAAGAAAAAAUCUUUCUGUGGCGGGUCCAUCAUCAGUGACAGAGUAGUCCUCACAGCUGCACACUGUACGGAUGGCAUGACACCGGAAGCUCUGACGGUCAAGAUCGGCGACCACGACCUGACACAGAACGACGUAUCGAGAGAAAGAGCUGUGUCAGUCAGGAAGAUCAUACAACACGAUGGCUACGACUCAAUCUCGAUGAACAAUGACAUCUCGCUGGUGUUUCUGACGUCAAAGCUGACACUCACGUGGCGAGUCGCCCCUCUCUGCCUGACCCCGUAUGACGUGACCUAUUACAAGGAACAAGUGCUGGUCAUGGGCUGGGGUUUGACCUCUGAGGGGGACAAGGAGUCGGGUUCACCUGUGUUGCUCCAAGCUAAGGUCAAAGGUAAGUGUUUUUAUGUUUUUGUUAUUCUUUAGCGUCUUUGUUAUUUU